UCCGCGCCGCUGGGCGCGUGUCAGUCCUAACCAGCUAGUGCGUCACUGUCUGUGCUGCAGCCUUACUCUCACGCUUCAGCCCCUACUCCCGGGGUCGAGCCGGCCCUGAGGUCCGGCGAGCUCCCCCAAGCUUCAGCGCGCACCCCCAGAGCACAGGAGCUUCGGAUAGAGAGGGGUUCGUGCGCAAUCCCCGGCUCCGGGAGGCCGGCUGCGCGUGGCGGGGUAGGAGGGCGGACGCCCGCUGUUUGGGUUCUCGGAGAGCAGCGCAGGAAUUGCUUCAUCAUGAGAAAUCUAAAGUUACUUCGGACCCUGGAGUUCAGGGAUAUUCAGGCUCCGGGGAAACCUCAGUGCUUCUCUCUCCGCACUGAACAGGGGACAGUGCUCAUUGGCUCAGAAUGUGGACUGAUAGAAGUAGACCCUGUCACAAGAGAAGUGAAAAAUGAAAUUCCUUUAGUGGCAGAAGGCUUUCUCCCAGAGGACGGAAGUGGCUGCAUAGUUGGUACCCAGGCCCUGUUGGACCAGGAGUCCGUGUGUGUGGCCACGGCCUCCGGAGACAUCAUUCUCUGCAAUCUCAGCACACACCAGCUGGAAUGUGUUGGGAGUGUGAGCAGUGGUAUCUCUGUCAUGAGUUGGAGUCCUGACCAAGAGCUGGUGCUUCUUGCUACAGGUCAGCAGACCCUAAUCAUGAUGACAGAAGACUUUGAGCCAAUCAUGGAACAGCAAAUCCAUCAGGAUGAUUUUGGUGAAAGCAAGUUUAUCACUGUUGGAUGGGGCAGGAAGGAGACCCAGUUCCAUGGCUCAGAAGGCAGACAAGCAGCCUUUCAGAUACAAAUGCAUGAGUCUGCUUUGCCCUGGGAUGACCAUAGGCCACAAGUUACCUGGCGUGGUGAUGGACAGUUUUUUGCUGUGAGUGUUGUUUGCCCAGAGACAGGAGCUCGGAAGGUCAGAGUCUGGAACCGAGAGUUUGUUUUACAGUCAACCAGUGAGCCUGUGGCAGGACUGGGACCAGCUAUGGCUUGGAAGCCCUCAGGCAGUUUGAUUGCAUCUACACAAGAGAAACCCAACCAGCAGGAUGUUGUGUUUUUUGAGAAAAAUGGACUUCUCCAUGGACAUUUUACACUUCCUUUCCUCAAAGAUGAGGUUAAGGUAAAUGACCUGCUCUGGAAUGUAGAUUCCACCGUGCUUGCAGUUUGGCUGGAAGACCUUCAGAGGGAAGAAAAUUCCACUCUAAAAACCUAUGUUCAGCUCUGGACUGUUGGGAACUAUCAUUGGUAUCUCAAGCAAAGUCUGCCCUUCAAUGCCUGUGGGAAGAGCAGGAUUGUGUCUCUGAUGUGGGACCCCGUGAUCCCGUACCGGCUGCAUGUUCUCUGUCGAGGCUGGCAUUACCUCUGCUAUGACUGGCACUGGACAACGCACCGUAGUUCAGGAGACAGUUCAAGUGACAUGGCCAAUGUGGCUGUCAUUGAUGGAAGCAGGGUAUUGGUGACAGUCUUCCGGCAGAGUGUUGUGCCUCCUCCUAUGUGCACCUACCGAUUGCUGCUUCCUCACCCUGUGAAUCAAGUUGCAUUCUCUGCACACCCUGAAAAGAGCAAUGACCUUGCUGUUCUAGAUGCCAGUAACCAGAUUUCUGUUUAUAAAUGUGGUGAUAGUCUACAUGUAGACCCUACAGUGAAACUGGGAGCUGUGGGUGGAAAUGGAUUUAAAGUUUCUCUUAGAACACCUCAUCUGGAAAAGAGAUACAAAAUUCAAUUCGAGAACAGUGAAGACCAAGAAGUAAACCCACUGAAGCUCAGCCUUCUCACCUGGAUCCAAGAAGAUGUUUUCGUGGCUGUAAGCCACAGUCGGUCCAGCCCCCAGUCAGUCAUUCACCGCCUGGCUGCGGCCCCUCCUGAGACAGAUGGCGAGCAGGGAUGGCUCAGUGUUAGUUCAUCUGUGGCAGUGGAUGGGGUCAUAAUCAGUCUGUGUUGCAAUUCCAAGACCAAGUCCAUAGCAUUGCAGCUGGCUGGUGGCCAGAUACUUAAGUACCUUUGGGAGUCACCCUCUCUGGCUGCUGAACCAUGGAAGAACCGUGGUGGGUUUCCCAUUCGAUUUCCUUAUCCAUGCAUACAGACUGAACUGGCCGUGAUUGGAGGGGAGGAAUGUGUUCUUGGUCUGACUGACAGAUGUCGCUUUUUCGUCAAUGACACUGAGGUUGCUUCCAAUAUCACAUCCUUUGCAACAUAUGAUGAGUUUUUAUUGUUGACGACCCAUUCCCAUGUCUGCCAGUGUUUUUGCCUGAGAGAUGCUUCACUUAAAACAUUGCAGGCAGGUCUGAGCAGCCACCAUGUUUCUAACGGGGAAUCUCUGCGGAAGGUGGAGAGGGGUUCACGCAUCGUCACUGUUGUGACCCAAGACACAAAGCUUGUAUUACAGAUGCCAAGGGGAAACUUAGAAGUUGUUCAUCAUCGAGCCCUAGUCUUAGCUCAGAUUCGGAAGUGGUUGGACAAACUUAUGUUUAAAGAAGCAUUUGAAUGCAUGAGAAAACUGAGAAUUAAUCUCAAUCUGAUGCAUGAUCAUAACCCUCAGGUCUUCCUUGAAAAUGUGGAAACCUUUGUAAGACAGAUUGAUUCUGUAAAUCACAUUAACUUGUUUUUCACAGAAUUAAAGGAGGAAGAUGUCACGAAGACCAUGUACCCCCCACCAGUUAACAGCGCUGUCCAGCUGUUGAAGGGUUCUCAUGGGAAAAACAUAGACCUAAUUUGUGACGCUGUGAGAACAGCCAUGGAGAACAUCGAUCCUCACAAGUACUGCCUGUCUAUACUCACUGCUCACGUGAAGAAAACAACCCCAGAACUGGAAAUUGUGCUGCAGAAGGUACACGAGCUCCAAGGGCGUGCUCCGCUGGCCCCGGAUGCUGUGAGUGCGGAAGUGGCCCUCAAGUACCUGCUACUUCUGGUAGAUGUUGAUGAACUGUACGAUCAUUCUCUUGGCACCUAUGACUUUGAUUUGGUCCUCAUGGUAGCUGAGAAGUCACAGAAGGAUCCCAAAGAAUAUCUUCCAUUUCUUAAUACACUUAAGAAAAUGGAAACUAAUUAUCAGCGCUUCACCAUAGACAAAUACUUGAGACGGUAUGAGAAAGCCAUUGGCCACCUCAGCAGAUGUGGGCCCGAGUAUUUCCCAGAAUGCUUAAACUUAAUAAAAGAUAAAAACUUGUAUAACGAAGCUCUGAAGUUGUAUCCACGAGACUCACAGCAGUAUAAGGAUAUCAGCAUUGCCUAUGGGGAGCACCUGAUGCAGGAGCACCUCUAUGAGCUAGGGGGGCUUGUGUUUGCCCGCUGUGGCGCCCAUGAAAACGCUCUCAAUGCCUUUCUGGCUUGUGGCAGCUGGCAGCAAGCUCUCUGCAUGGCCGCCCAGCUUAGCCUGACCGAAGACCAGCUGGCAGGCCUUGGCAGAACUCUGGCAGGAAAGCUACUUGAGCAGAGGAAGCACGUUGACGCAGCCACUGUUUUGGAACAGUAUGCCCAGGAUUAUGAAGAAGCUGUGCUCUUGCUGUUAGAAGGAGCUGCCUGGGAAGAAGCUCUGAGACUGGUACACAAAUAUAACAGACUGGAUAUCAUAGAAAGCAACAUAAAGCCUUCCGUUUUAGAAGCCCAGAAAAAUUAUAUGGCAUUUCUGGACUCUCAGACAGCCACAUUCAGUCGCCAUAAAAAUCGUUUAUUAGUGGUUCGGGAGCUGAAGGAACAAGCCCAGCAGAGGAAUCUUGAUGAUGAGGUACCCCAGGGUCAAGAGUCAGACCUCUUCUCUGAAACUAGCAGUGUGAUGAGUAGCAGUGACAUGAGUGGCAAAUACUCCCAUAGUAACUCCAGGAUAUCAGCGCGGUCUUCGAAGAAUCGCCGCAAAGCAGAGCGGAAGAGGCACAGCCUCAAAGAAGGGAGUCCGCUGGAGAGUCAGGCCCUUUUGGAAGCACUAAGUGAAGCAGUACAGGGCACGGAAAACCUGAAAGAUGAAAUAUACCAUAUUUUAAAGGUUCUCUUUCUCUUUGAGUUUGAUGAGCAUGGAAGGGCAUUACAGAAGGCCUUUGAAGAUACGCUGCAGCUAAUGGAAAGGUCAAUUCCAGAAAUCUGGCCUCUCACCCACCAGCAGAAUCCAUCUAUACCUGUUCUGGGGCCCCAUUCUACUGCAAAUAGUAUCAUGGCCUCUUAUCAACAACAGAAGACUUCCAUUCCUGUUCUUGAUGCUGACCUUUUUAUACCGCCAAAGAUUAACAAAAGAACUCAGUGGAAACUGAGCCUUCUGGAGUGACGCUGACCCCUGUUAGGAGGGCUGUGGCAAAGAAGGCCGUUUUCCUCCUCCUCCCCACUCCUCGAGGCCUGGCUGCUAGGACCUGGGAAGAGUGACACGGUGAUCUGCCGUAGCAUUGCAGAGAGCUGCUCUGUGCAGCACACACGAAGCAAUCCUGUUUUAUUUUAUUUUGCUUAUAAUUUUAAUCAUUAGUAAAACUUUAAGCUUUAACUAAUAUAGCAUCAUUUUGUAAGGAUUACUGUUCUUUAUUUAGUGUUGUUUGAGAGCCUAUUUCUGGUAUUUAUGGUAAUCAGGAGAUAGGGUUUCCUUCCCAGCUGCAUGUCUGAUUCAUAUUGGAACCUUACAUAAAUCACAUAAAUGAUGUGUGCCUGAGUUAACUGGGAAUAACGUUUCAUAACUUCUACCUCAAAAGUGUGAAGAAAAGUAAAAUAAUGUUUUUAAAAUUAUUUUACCUUCCUGGAGGCAUUAUAUAUAAUCAAUAUGGCUGUUAGUGCUAUUAACGUCUUUGUCAAAUUUGAUCACUUAAAUGACUUCUUCGCCUUGAACUAAAGCAGAAUAAAAAGCUAAAAACA